UCUGACCAUCGAGAUAUCGGUAAAACAGACAAAACAAGGAGGAUUACUGUGUGUGAUAGGCAAAUUAUUUAUUUGCGAAAGUGGAAACCAUCAUGAAGUUAUUUAGGUGUUUAGUGCCAGUAGUGGUGCUGCUAUUGAUUAAGAAUUCCUCCGCGAGACCUGGUGUGUUAGGCGAUUUGAUCGGUGAGAACGUUGGUAGAUUGCUGGACCCAUUGGGAGUAUUCAGGCCUAAAAAUAACAAUGCCCACGCCAGCAGCAAUGCUCAGACAUUGGGAGGAAACCUGAAUUUCGGACCUAUCGGUAUCGGUGGUGGAUACUCUUCAGCUUCGGCUGAUGCAUCGGCGAAUAGCGGCGGUGGCUUAGCUUCGGCUUCAGCCAAAGCUGAUGCUCAUGCUAAUGGAUAUGGAGGAUACGGUGGUUCGAACGCAAAUGCGCAAGCAUCUGCUAAUGCUAAUGCACAAGGUUCUUCGGGAAAUCCUGGGGGGUAUGUCAACAAUAAUGGUGGAUAUAGCGGUUAUUAUCCUGGCGUUUCUCAAGUUAGUCAACCAAAUUACGGAAGUUAUGGUGGCUCUCAGUCCAGUGCUAACGCUAACGCGAACGCCAAUGCCAAUGGCGGAGGGUAUUCUGUUAGUCCCUCUUAUUAUCCUUCUAAACCUCAAAACGGCAACGCUAACAUUAAUGCUAACGCAAAUGCGAACGCGGGUGCUAACGUCUUAGGUAGUGGCGGCGUGAAUGUGAUUCCCAACAAAUAUCCUAGCGGAGGAAUAGAUAAAAUAGAAGUAAUUCCCAUAAACACAUUGCCGCUUUCUCAACCAACUUCACCUGUCUAUUCGAUACCUUACCGACCGCCUGGAACUAAUAAGGGAAAUGUGAUUGUCGUUGUCGAGGAAUCUCCGCAAUAUCCGCCGUAUCGUCCGAAUCCCCAUCGCCACCAUCACCAUCGUCAACCGCAUUAUGGUAAACCAAAACAACAGCCCAUCGAGGUCAUCAUCAUUGAGGAGCCAAGGUCUAAUCCAGCUGGUAGUGGAAAUGGCGGUAUUCAAGGAACCUAUCCUGGAUAUAAAGACAAUCCGUUUUUAUCCAAUGGCGCUGGAUCAAAUGCUAAUGCUAAUGCCCAUGCUAAUGCUCAAGCAGGUGCGAGUGCAAACGGCGGAAAUGGACACAAUUAUCAACAAGAUGGAAAUCAGCAAGGUGGAUAUCAACAAGGUGGAUAUCAGCAAGGUGAAUAUCAACAAGGCGGACAUCAAGGCGGAUAUCAAUUAGGAGGAUAUCAACAAGGCGGACAUCAACAAGGUGGCAGUUACCCAAUAGAAUCAUCAGGACAAAAUCUAAUUGGCGAUAAUAAUCCUUUUCUGAAUCCCGGCGGACAUUCCAGUAGCAACGUCGGUGCUAAUGCUAAUGCAAAUGCUGGAGCUGGUGCUAUCGCUGGAGAAAAACCGAUAGGUACCAAUAAUCCAUUUCUUAAUGGUGGCGUAUCCCAAAAUGUCGGAGGAGGAGGAAACUAUCCAGGAAGUUCGAGCGUUUUGAGCGAUAAACCUAAAGGGGGGAGCCUUUCUACCACUUAUCCGGGACAAUCAUCCGGAGGAUACCCUGGCUCAUUCGGAUCGGCGGGAGCUAAUGCUGGUGCCAACGCCAAUGCUAAUGCUGACGCUGGAGCCGGUAGUGUUGGAGGAGGUCCGAUCAAACAAAAUCCGAUAGUUAGCUCUGGUGGGCAUGGUGGCGAAUCUUCGGGAGUUCUUGGUGGUUACGAAGGUCACGGUUCUAGUCCAAACUUUGAUGGAUUUGGAGGACAAGUCGAUGGUUCAUCUGGUGCGAAUGCUAAUGCUAAUGCUAACGCUGGUGCCACUAACACUGGAGGAUCUGGUGGACAUGGAUCCAUUUUCGGAGGUCACGGAGGAUCCUCCGGAUAUGGUGGUGGCUCUUUCGGUAGUCAAGGCAGUGGAUUUGGAAAUGAUGGUGCAAAUAUUCACGAUGGACAUGCUGGAAGUUCUUCCGGAGCCAACGCUAACGCCAACGCCAAUGCCGGAGCCGCCGGAACUAUUCAUGGAACUAUCCCUGGAGGAUCCUCCGGAUAUGGUGGUGGCUCUUUCGAUAGUCAAGGUAGUGGAUUUGGAAAUAAUGGUGCAAAUAUUCACGGUGGACAUGCUGGAGGUUCUUCCGGAGCCAACGCUAAUGCCAACGCUAAUGCCAAUGCUAAUGCCGGAGCCGCCGGAACUAUUCAUGGAACUAUCCCUGGAGGAUCUGGAGGUCACGGAGGAUUUGGCAAAGGCUCACUCAAUAGCUAUGGUAAUGAUGGAUGUGCACAAUGUGGCUCUUCCGGUCUGAAUCUCGGCGGAUAUGGCGCUGGUUCUUCUGGUGCUAAUGCCAAUAGUAACGCCAAUGCUAAUGCUGGAAGUACCGGUAAUGGCUCUGGUGGAUACGGAAACGAUGUUAAAGGAUAUGCCGGAGGACAUGGUGGUCAAAGCGGAUUCGGUAAUCAAGGCGGAUUUGGCGGAGGAGGCUCAAACGCCAACGCACAGGCGUCUUCUAAUGCAAUUGCGUCCGGCGGUGGAUCGGCAUCAGCAAACAGCAAAUCGUCAGCCUACGUUAAUGGAUCAGGAUCCGCAAAAGCCGACGCGUCCAGCAGUGCGUCUUCAGGAUCUUACGGUGAAAUAGGACCGAAAAGUUCAGCGUCGAGCCAAGCAUCAGCUUCAGCCGAUACCAAGGAUAUGUUGAUCUUUAAUUAAAUUGUGAUAUAAUGAAAUAAAUCGACGAGGAGACUCGAAAGAGUCUUCUUGGCCAUAGUAGCGAUAUAAUACUCUGAUUUAUACUUCGAUGUUCCACGAACAAACUUAUUUACGGUAUGAAUAUUAUAUUGUUUAAUUUUGCGACGAGAAUUAGAGAUUAUUGAAAAAUUAGAAGUAUGCAUAUCAUAAAACUGUCUAUUAAUAAAUAUGUUUAAAUUUAUAAUUACAGUUAUAAAUUUGAACGUAUUCUUAAAAAUUGUGAUUGUAAAUUGGAGAUUUAAUAUCAAAAGUUAAAUUUUAAAAAUAGAUAAACAGUCUUGAGCAUUUAUUAGAAAAUAUGUAAGGAUAACUAUUUAUUUGUAUUUGUAUUGCAAAUCAUAUUGAAGGCAGAUCGAAUAUUGUUUUGCUCAAUUUAAUGAAAUGUGUAAAAUGGAAAUUACGACAUCAGAAUUUAAGACAAAAGGCUUCUUUGACUCACAGAAAUAUAAUUUAUAGACAAAUC